GUUGUGGGUCCAACAACUGGCUAUCAGCAGCAAGUGUCUUCUGCAAGUCAGAACCUGUUUCAGUAUACUUACUCAGCCAUUCGGUAUGAUGCCACAGCAGCAGCAACAGCAGAUGCAGCAAGGACAGAGCCAGAACCAGCAGCCGCAGCAGCAACAGCAACAACAACAACAGCAGCAGCAGCCAAGCAAUUCAAACGCAGCAAACUCACAACAGCAUCAGUUUCAAGCUCCACCGCAUUUCAUAACUGGUUUGCAAAACUCAAUUUGGGCGCCAGCUGAAACAGGCGCUGACGAUGUGCGCUACACUCAUCAUUCGCAGUCAUCUUCAAAUCUGCAGCCAAUGCAGAGGGUUUGUAUUUAUGUGAUUUUUUUGUCAAAGUUCAAAUUUCAUUCCAUAUGCUUACUCAGUCGUAGAGGCAGAGACAUCUGUAAGGAGCUCGGCUUUGACAGCAUUCUAUCAGCGCCAUUUGCCCAAUGA